AGACACCGAACUGAUGACGUGGUUCGGUCGGUUGACCAGAGCAGCAGCAGGAUGGCCGACCAGAGCAGGCAAAUAAAACUCGCUGCAGCCAAGAAAAAGCUGAAGGAGUUUCAGCAGAAGAGCUCCCCUACUAGUGUAGGAGGAGAAAAGGGUGGAGGAGGAGGUGGUGGUGGUGGUGGAGGAGGAGCAGGGGCCAAGAAGAAGAGGAAGGUGAAGGUACUAAGCCAACAUGAUGCACAAUCAACAGACAGAAACUCUCCAGUCAUGAAUACCUUCGCUGACAUGAAGGCCGUGGGGUCUUCAGUUGCCCAGCUACAGGAGGACCCAAAGGGGGAGCCUGGUCGCAGCUCACCUGUGUCUAAUCCCGCUAGCUCUAAUACUGCUACUAACUCUGCAUCUGUCAGUCACAACACUGACCUGCAGGACUACCCUGACACCAAUGGCGAUGAGAGUUUAACAGAGGAAAAUAGACCACUGUCUUCCACAGAGAGCCUGCGACAGCUCUCGCAGCAACUGAACGGCCUGGUCUCCGAGUCAUCCACAGCGUAUGUGAACGGGGACAGUGCACCUUCUGUCAGUGAGGGAGAACUGGAGAGUCGGAACCAGGAGCUGGCUGCCGCCCUGGAGUCCACCAACCUAACAAACUCUCAGCUCAAUACCAAGCUAGACCAGCUGGCACAGCAAACUCAGGAGCUCACAGAUCAACUACAAAAGGAGCGAAAAGAAUUUGAACAGAGAUUUUCAAAAGAGCAAGGAGCCAUGCGGGAGCAAUUACAGGUUCACAUCCAGACCAUAGGUAUACUGGUAUCGGAGAAAUCAGAGCUACAAACAGCACUACAAUACACACAACAGGCUGCACGACAGAAAACCGUCGAGGCAGAUGAACUGAAUAACCGUCUGCAGGCAACAAAGCAGAGAGUGUCAGAGCUGGAGAGAACUCUUUCCACUGUUUCGACACAGCAGAAACAGUUUGAGAAGCACAACAAAGAGCUUGAAAAGGAGAGAGACAACCUGAGGCUAGAGGUGUUUAGACAAAACAAUGUGAGCGAGGAGUCGAAGCAGCAGAGCUCGGAGCUGUCGGAGCAGUUGAAGCUUAGUGUACAGGAGAACGGAGCGAUGAGGCUGGAGCUGGAAGAUCUUCGCAAGAGGCUGGAGAUGGCUGACCUCAUGUUGCAACAGUACUCCAGUCAGUCAGAUCCCACCACUGCCAACCAGCAGGUCCAGUUACUGCUGGAAGAGAAGCAGCAGCUGGAGACACAUAAUCACCAGCUGAUGGAGUCGAUUGCCCAGCUAAAGACGGAGAGGGAUUGCUAUGCAGAGCAGAUCCAGGAGGAGGGCCGUGUAUGGAAGGACAAAACAGAACAGCUGCUAACACAGGUGUCAUUGGUCGCAGAGGAGAGAGACAGAAACAUCAACCGAGUCCAAGAACUGGAGGCCAGCAUCGCAGAGCUAAAAAAUGCUGCAGCGUUAUUGUCCCAGGAGAAAGAGGCUCAGGGUGAUGCAGAGGCUCAGUCCUCAGGGCCAUCAGAGAGUGAGGUGGCUCUGCAGGAGGCACUCAACACUCUGCAACAGGAGAAAGACGCUCUUACUUCACAGUACCAGGCACAGCUGCGAGAUAACGAGCAGCUGAGUCGCCUGUGCGCAGAGCAGGAGGCACGUCUGGGGGAGCUGGAGCGGCAGGUGGAGGUCCAAGCCCAGGAGGAAGAGGACCGCCGCCGGAUGUUGGAGGAUGUUCAGUCAGACAAAGCCACUAUUAGCCGUGCUCUCACCCAGAACCGUACACUGAAGGACCAGCUGGCUGAGCUACAGAACGGUUUUGUCAAACUGACUAAUGAGAACAUGGAGCUGACCACUGCCAUUCAGUCAGAGCAACAUGUGAAAAAGGAGCUGGCUCGCAGGAUGGGUGAACUUCAAGAAGAACUGCACAACUUCAAGGAACAGCUGGAGCUGAAAUGUACGGAGACUCAAGGUCUGAUGGAGCAGAGGGACCAGGUAGUGGCCCACCUGCAGCAGUACUGUGCCGGCUACCAGGCUCUGGCCUCAGAAAGGGAACAGCUCCAUCAUCAGUAUUUGCAGCAGAGCCAGCUCAUGGACCGGCUGCAGCACGAUGAAAGCCAGGGCCGCGUGCAGCUGGAGAUCAGUCACAAUCAGCUCAAACAAGCGCAGGACCAUUUGGAGCAGUUAGUCAGAGACAACGAGCAGCUGAAGUCUGAGGUGAAGGAGCUGAUCAGCAGCUCAGCUCUUGCCACACCACUCAGAGAUCAAGGAGAUGGAGUGGAAAGCCAGUCCCUGCAAGAGAGCCCAAAGCAGUCCUUCUCCAUAGUUAUCCCAGAAGACUUUGAGAGCCAGAAAGAAAUGGAGGAGUUUAUCCGUGGAGCUUUGGCUCAGUUGGAGGCAGAGAGGGACGAGGCCAGGAGGCAACUGGAGGAGGAGCACAGGCUCCACAUGGCAGCCCGGCACCAGGCUGCUGUGGCACUCCGCCUCGAGCCCCAACAGCACAGCCACAAUCCUGUUCACGACCAUCAUCACGAGCACGAUCACGAGCAUGAUCACGAUCACGAUCACACUCAGGGCCAACAUAGUCACUGUGAACACAGUCACGAGCAUUCAGAAGGAGGAGUACCAGUUGAAGUUCAUCAGGCCCUACAGGCUGCCAUGGAGAAGCUUCAGCAGCGUUUCACCUCCCUCAUGCAAGAGAAAGCUGACCUGAAGGAGCGGGUGGAGGAGCUGGAGCAUCGUUGUAUCCAGCUGUCUGGAGAGACCGACACUAUAGGAGAGUAUAUUGCUCUGUACCAGAGUCAGCGGGCCAUAAUGAAGCAGAAACACCAGGAGAAGGAACAGUACAUCAGCAUGUUGGCUCAAGACAAGGAGGAGAUGAAGGCGAAGCUGGCAGAGCUGCAGGAUCUGGUGAUGAGGUUGGUGGCUGAGAGGAACGACUGGUACAACCGUUACACCGGAGCCGUAGCCGGUGCGGGCACAGUGAACCCUGACCUGCUUCCUGUCGGGGAGGAUCACACUCACCCAGAGUAUCACGUGCACACACACGCGGAGCUGAAUGCUGUCAGUGGAGCAGAAGCCAUGGAGGUCAUUCCUCUAUCAGAGCCCACCACAGACCCAGAAGCACUUUCGCUCCAGACGCUUUCACCCGGGUCAGGCCAGAGCGACUCCAAGCCUCUGGGGCCCAAGGAGGACGGCACAGCCCAGCAGAUCAUGCAGCUGCUCCAGGAGAUCCAGAACCCCCAGGGAGCGCUGAGAUCACCCCCCUUCCUCGGGGAAAACCCCUGCAUCCCCUUCUUCUACCGGCCCGACGAACAGGACGAAGUCAAGAUCCUGGUGGUGUGAGGCGUGGGUGCGACAGAGGCUGGUGUGUGUGUGUGUGUGUGUGUGUGUUUGUGUGCAUGUGUGUUUGUGAGAGAGAGAGAGAUCUUGGGCAUGUCUUGAAGUAUGGGGAAAAUUAAAACACCACAGUUUACAAUGUGUGUUGCUUAUGAAUCAUAUUUACAAACACUGCUCAAGAUAUUUGACUCCCCACAAACUGGUCACAGAUAAGAGAAACUCUUUGACUCAGUUACAUUUAAAUGUCCCCCCCCCCCCUCCUCCCUUCCCUCCCUCCCAUGUCCUGUGUGCUGGCACUAAUGUGUGCAUGGUUAAAAAGAAAGAGUAGUUUCUUUUUUGUUAUUUUUUAUGUUUUUUUUGUCUUUGAUGCUCUUCCCAGAGAGGAGAUAAUCAGUGUUCCUAAACACAAUCGGAUUAUUCCCCUUUCUGCAAUUUUUAAUCCCCAUCUUCCCCCCCAUCUCUUACACAUAAGUGCAAUACAGGGGCUAUAUAUUAUAUAUUUUGUCCCCUCGCUCAUACAGUACUUAAAGAGCUGUCUGAAAAUUAGCAGCUUGUUUAUGUGCAACUUGAUUUUUAGUGCAAAUCUUUGUUUUUACACCAUUCACUGUUCACAUGCCAAAAAAAAAGAGCAUCACGUUUGAAUGUACUAACCCGAAUAUCGACCUGUAUGUCUGCGUAACGUGGGGGAGAAUUGACGAUAGUGAAAGGGUUCAGCGAGAGGAAAGGAGGUUGGGUGACCCCAACUAAGAAAUGCAGAGUGAGAUGUAAGUUAGAGUUGAGACAAUAAAGGAACUUCGUGCACGUAAAAAGCUUUUUUUUUUUAAACUGCGGGCGCUGUUCCGUUUCAAAGUCAAGAGCUCGCCAGUUGCAUGAAUAGGUUCAGGAAGACGGAAGCAGGUGUUGCAGAUGGUACUGUUCCUAAAACUACCUUCUCUCUCUAUUUUGUGUUUUUUUCCUCUCAACACUGAAAAUAAGUCCUAUGUGUGUGUACAGUCCAAAAUGUUAAUAUAUGUGAAGCGUUUGUGUUUGUCAGACAUCCUGUUAGACUGAAACAAGUCACCACCAUUAUGGAACGGUGGUUUCUGACUUAUAGAGGGGAUAGAUGCUAUUUAAAGACCCCAUGGAGGAAAAAAAAACUACUUUUAGUCGAAGUUAUUACGGCAUUAUUUUUGGAGAAGGGCAUCUUUUUCAAAGUGUAAUUAAGAUGAAUGACAUUUAUUCUUUUAAAGCGCUUUGGGUGAUUUCCUCAUUGUUUCUGCAAGUUGUCCUCAUUUAUCUUUGCCGUUAGCAUGUUAGAUAUUAAAGUGCGGUGACUUUAAGAGAUUAAAGGCAGUGCAGGUUGUGUUAAGAUCUCUUUUAUCUGCGAUCAUAACUGGCAUCCCUAAAAUGUUUUUGCAACACUCGUCUUUAACUGAGCUCCAACUUCGGGUUUCAUGGGGUCUUUAAGUUUCUAAAUGAUCGGACGCUAUUAACAAGUUCUUUUCUGUUACGUUUAGCUCUACAUAUCAAAGAUGAAUUACUGCACAUCCUUUAUAACUGGACCGGCGGGUGUGUAUGUGGUGUGUGUGCGUAGCCCAAACUGUUCCCUCUUCAGCCGAAGUUGCAUCCGUUGUACUUUUUUUGUAGAGUUCUAUCAGAUUAUAUAAGUACGAUUGCACUAAAACUGUACAAAGCUUCAGCUCUGUCCUCUCGGGCUGCUCGGACAGUGUUUCUACCACAGAGCCUCUAGCUUCUUUGGAGGAAACGAGGGGGAUCCUAUGAAGCCGUGCUGUUAAGCUGAGGGUCCCGUGUGAAGCAAAUGAAUUUAAUUGAAAGUGUUUUGAUGUGUGUGUGUGUGUGUGUGUGUGCGUGCGCGCGCGUGUGUGCAGUGUUGCACUCGGAGGAUGGACGAGCUGUGUAAAUAUCAGAAGAAAGUGAAACGAAUGAGAUCGCUCAGUUGUAGAAGUCAUGUUAUUCCAUGGGACCAAUCAAAAUUUGAGAAAAUGAACACCUCUCUUCCCAAAACUACAGAACGAAACCAGUCAAAAAUUGUUAUGUCCCUCUUAUUGGAUAACAGCACGUGGGUACAUCUACAGCUUUAGGAGAGAGAUGCUCGAGUUCACAAAUAGAUUGGAGUUUAGAGCUCUUUCCCUCUAUAACCAAUAACCAGGAGCUACACUGUCACUGCUCAGUUUUUCCAUUUCACAGCAAAUCUCGGCAGAGGCCUCUGUUUAUGUGAGAGUCUCUCCAUGAUUUGACAAUGUAAAGACAUCGGAGUCUCACUACCAGUCAUACAAAUAUCCCAUGGGCUACUUUUGGAGGUAUUUUACCCUCUUAAUUCAGAUGAAUUUUGAGAUCCUGUCUGUUAUGUUUAUUUUGAGUUAUAGGACACAUUUAGUUAAAUUAUUCAAUUGUACACAUGAUAUUUAUCGCGAAAAGCAACAAGACAGAAAGCAUUAGUGCAGAUUCUGUUGUUUUAAGCCUGUAAUAGAAAAUCAAAAGGUGAUGAAGGUGUAAGGUAUGUGGAGGCCGUAUGUAUUUGGUGUUGUUUACAGGUGAAGUAAACUGCGCUUUGUCUACCCAAAACUGCAGCAUUGCAGUAACAGGUAGUUUUUGAAUAAAUUUACUCCAUCAUUCUUGAUUUUAAAAUUCCUCGCUUCUUAGCAUUCUGUCACUUUUUAAGUUUCUUUGAAACAUGCCACAAAUUUUCUUUUUUUUGUUGUUUUUGAUUCUGGGAGUGGUCCGACCAAGAGGUGAAUAUAUAAUAAAAAGAUAAAAAACCCUUUUGUGUCAUUUUGGGGCUUGUAAAAUAAAAUAAAUAAAAAAAACAUGAUAAAAUGAUUUCCCACACUUUCUAAUAAUUCACUGUUAAAUAUGUAAUGUGUGAUUGAAACAAAUAGCAAUGAGAAAGCAUUUAUUGUCUUUACUGUAAAACAGGUGGUGUACAUACUGUAACUGUGUAACAUAUUGUAUAUUCAUUAUGCCUGGUGUGUGGGGGAAAAAGCUGCUCUGCCGUGUUUGCUGGCAGUGUGGAUCGUGUGUCUGUUAGUACAGAGACGGGGCGUCGGCGGUUACUGACUGGCUGUGGUUUAAUACAAAGAUUGACUAAAAAAAAAAAUGAAAAUAUUCUAUUUAUUUGGAAUAAGUUAGUAUCUCAACUAAUCAGUUUUAAUGUAAAAUAGAAGUGACUGGUGGAUGGAAAUGAAGAAUCAUUCAGAGAACUGAUUUGUUCGAGGGCUGCUUCUGACAGGAGCUUUUUGAUUUUUUUUUUCUCGAGUAAUAUUUUCUCCCCUUCUACUGAAUAAAACUGAUUGAGCAAGUUA